AUGUCAUCUUCUCAUGAUAGACUCUCGAGGGCCGAGCUUUUAGGUAUUGAUGUUGACAAAGGCAUCCAGGUUGAUUCCGUGACUUCGACGCUAUUCCAAACCAAUCAGGAUGGCACACAGUCGUCAACGGCGAAGAGCAAACCAAAGAGAUCUUCGGACAAACUGACACCGGAGAUCUUGCUAAGUGGUAGAGGUUUACCCAAGUUGAUUGAUACGUUUAAGAGAUUCAAGUUCACCAAAAGGUCUGCCAAGGGUAAAGCCAGUAAACACAAUGGUGUUUAUAAGAAGGUCCAGUAUUGUGAUGACCACCAUUACGACAAUCUUACACGGAUCAUCCAAAUCUAUCAGAAUUGGGGCCAUUCGAUCAGUCCGCAUUUGAUGUUUGAUCGUUUUAUUGGGAACCUUGAUCGAGGUAUUCAGAAGAGUGAUGUUAAAUAUUGGAUUAGAGAACAGAUACGAGAAGAAAUUAGGGGGAAAGUCGACCGGAUUUUGCAGAAGGAGGCUACAGAGAUGGAGAGGGCCAGGGCUGAACGUGCAGCACGGGAGCAUGUGGAGAACAACAAGGACAGUUUAACGGAUGAUGAGCCUGAUGGUGUAGCUGGAGAGGUUGACGUUGAGGAAGAGCGAGAGCAAGAUUGGGCUGCACUCUUUGGAGGCCAGUCACAAGCUACUGAUAAGGACGUCAAUGAGAAUGAUGGCCCUAAUAAUGACAACGAAGAUGAUGGUGGCUACAAUGUUCAAGGUGAAGCUCCAAUUUUCUCAACAUUUUUGCGUACAUCGUCGCAACCUAUACAUUCCGACCUUGGUAGUGAACAUCACACUUCUGAAAUGGAAGAUAUACCAGAAGAUGUGAUGGACGGAGCUGCACGAGAUGCCUUUGAUGCUCUCGAUGGUUUGGAUGAGGACGAAGACGGGUUGGCUGCAUUGUUGGAAGCAGAGAGUAACAACGAGGCAAGAGACAGCCAGAUGUUUAGCCAGUACAUUGCACACGAGCCACAAGAACGCACCUUGUCCAAGUCUUUAUCUCCGACAACGGUAGGGACAUUGACAACGGAGACUGAAACGACCACGCAAACGACCACGCAAACGACCACGACAUUAUCUACAGGGGCUUCAGAGGGACCGUCAAGGCCAAUGACGCCCGAAGAAGAAGGGUUUUCCGAUGUCGAUGAAGAUGAGUUACUGCAGCUAUGA